ACGGUGCCCCGGAAGGGGCGCUCCGUUCCGCCGGAAGGCUCCCCCUCCCGCCCGCCCCCGCGCGGGGCCCGCCCCUCCCGGCGCCGGAAGGAGCCGUUGCCCGAGCAACUGUAACGUCCGGCUUUCGGAGUUUGGUGGCGGGAAAGGCCAUGAGUAAAGGCCGGGCUGAGGCUGCGAGUGGAGCCCCCGGGAUCCUCCUGAAGUACCUGCGGGAGCAGAACCGGCCCUACAGCGCCCAGGAUGUGUUCGGGAACCUGCAGCGGGAACACGGACUGGGCAAAGCGGCGGUGGUGAAGGCGCUGGACCAGCUGGCCCAGCAAGGCAAGAUCAAAGAAAAGAUGUACGGCAAACAGAAGAUAUAUUUUGCGGACCAGGACCAGUUUGACAUGGUGAGUGAUGCUGACCUCCAAAGCCUGGAUGCCAAAAUUGUGGCCCUCACGGCCACGGUGCAGAGCUUGCAGCAGAGCUGCCGCCACAUGGAGGCCGAGCUGAAGGAGUUAACUAGCGCCCUGACGACACCGGAGAUGCAGAGAGAGAUCCAGGAGCUGCAGAAGGAGUGUGCUGGCUACACAGAGAGACUGAAGAACAUCAAAGCAGCCACCAACCACGUGACUCCAGAAGAGAAAGAGCAGGUGUACAGGGAGAGGCAGAAGUACUGCAAGGAGUGGAGGAAGCGCAAGAGGAUGGCGUCAGAGCUGUGCGACGCAAUCCUCGAAGGGUACCCGAAGAGCAAGAAGCAGUUCUUUGUAAGUGGAUCUCGCUCCUUUCCUUGCUCCCCUGGGCUGUGUGUCCGGGUCUCCCUCACUUGUCUCAUUGCCCCGCAGGAGGAAGUUGGGAUAGAGACAGAUGAGGACUACAACGUCAAGCUCCCAGACCCCUGAGAGCCCCUGCGGCAGGACUGGGGGGCUGGGACAGAGAUGUCCCGGACUGGCUGCCCUGUUUAGGCCAGUUUUUGUUGUUAGUGCCGCUGCUUUCCUCCUUUGAGCGGAGCAGGUGGGAGGGGUGCAGAGCAGGUGGGGAGCGCUAGUUGCCCGGGGUGGGUGGUCAUGCUCACUCCAUCGUCCGCAUUUCAGCUGCAGGAGCCUCACCCCUUAGAUUUGGAACAAAGCUGAAGGAAAGCAUUUGGCAAUAUUUAUUGUAAUAUAAUUUGAUAUAAAAAUAUUUAAUUUCCUCUGGAUAAUCAAACCUCAGAUAUCAAAUCUGAGGAAGGCAAAAGGGGGAGCUAGGGGGACGAGGGUAGAGAGGCUAUCGGGCACAGCAGCCAGGGGGCACAGGGCUGCCCCUCGGACUCCCUUGGUGCUGCACCCCCCAGUGGGCCUCCACCCGCCCCCAAGCCCUGGGAGGAGUGCAGGCGGCCCCGAGACGGUGGAGACCCGGGUGCGCCUGACUAAAGCUGGGAGAGGUUGUGAGGCCCGGCUGAUUUUCUAAAAUUGUAACAUUAGCAAAAUUGUGUUGUUGGUAUUUAGAAAAAUAAAAACUUGAACA